AUGAGUUCAUUCUCGAUUAAUCGAAAGAAGACGCCAUUCCAGAAACAUAGAGAAGAAGAAGAAGCUCGGAAGAAGAAAGCUGAGGACGAAACGGCUCGUUUGUAUCAAGAAUUCGUGGAAUCGUUUCAAGGAGAUAGUGCAACUACUAAGACUUUUGUUCGAGGUGGGACGAUUAAUCCAGGAGAGAAGCCUAAGGUUGAUUCUGAAGGUGAAAAGUCCAAAGAUGGGGGUUCCAUUUCAAAGAAGGGGAGUAGGUAUGUUCCCUCUUUCCUUCCACCACCACUGGCGUCUAAGGGUAAAGAACCGGAGAAGAAGAGGGAAGAGGAGAGGCCUAAGGAAAGAGAAAAGGGAAAGACUCGAAAUAUAGAUCAUUUCAUGGAGGAGUUAAAACGCGAACAAGAAAUGAGAGAAAGAAGAAACCAGGAUCGUGACCGUCAGGGCGAUAACUCGCCAUCUAGCCGCUUUGAUGAGCUACCUGAUGAUUUUGAUCCCAGUGGAAGGCUAGGAUCGUUUGACGAUGGUGACCCACAAACUACGAAUCUCUAUGUUGGGAAUCUUUCCCCAAAGGUUGAUGAGAAUUUCCUUCUGCGCACUUUUGGAAGAUUUGGGCCCAUAGCUAGUGUCAAGAUUAUGUGGCCAAGAACAGAUGAGGAGAAGAGGCGACAGAGAAACUGUGGCUUUGUUUCCUUCAUGAAUAGGGCUGAUGGACAAGCUGCAAAAGAUGAAAUGCAAGGGAUAAUAGUGUACGAGUAUGAACUUAAAAUUGGAUGGGGUAAAGCAGUAUCUCUACCAUCACAAGCAUUACCCGCCCCACCACCUGGACAUAUGGUUAUUCGGAGUAAGGAGGGCUGCAACUUGGUUUUUUCUGGUCAAACGGGUCCACCAAUAACUUCUGUUCCAAAUCAAAACUCUGAGCUGGUUCUUACCCCUAAUGUUCCGGAUAUCACUGUUGUUACUCCUGAGGACGAGCACCUCAGACAUGUCAUUGAUACAAUGGCUCUCUAUGUUCUGGAUGGUGAAUGUGCUUUUGAACAAGCUAUCAUGGAGAGGGGCCGUGGGAAUCCAAUGUUUAAGUUUUUGUUCGAGCUUGGCUCGAAGGAGCAUACUUACUACGUCUGGAGACUCUAUUCCUUUGCUCAGGGUGAUACACUUCAAAGGUGGAGAACAGAGCCGUAUAUCAUGAUAACUGGUAGUGGAAGGUAUUGUAACUUGCCGACGUUAAAACUGAUCCGGGUGUUCGAUGGAUACCGCCACCUCUGCCUGUAA